UUUUAAUUCUUAUUAUAUAUCAGAAACCCAGCAAGGUAUUUUAAAAAAGAUCCUGGAUGAGAUGAUAACUAAUCGCUUAAUGAAUGAACGUAUGCUGAACCAAAUUAGUAGCUUAAGAACUGAAGUAGCAACUCUCACUUCUCAAAUAACACCAGUUUUGUCAAACAUUCCAGACAAAAAUUUUUUAGAUCAAUUUCCGUUUUCUUCCAAAAUAAGUGUUUUGGAAUGUGAAAGCAAAUUAAGUUCAGAUAGUGAUAUCAAUGAAAAAUUUCAAUUGAUGAUUUGCUCUGUUGGUGGUGUUGAUGCAAAAAGUAAUAUAAGAAGAAUUCUCUCCAAAUUAUUUACUAACAAAUUUGCGAUUGAAUGUUCAUGGACAGGUAGAGCUUUUGAGAAGGAUGCAACUAAGUUCAGAAUUCAGGAUUUAAAAAUUAUUGCUAUAAUGAAAAGUGUGUUGUGUUAUUUUGGUGCUAUAGUAUUGUGUACUGAAACAUUUUUUUUUGAUAGGUUUAAUCAAAAAUCAGUAUCUCCAAUAUUCAGAUUCAAACUUUGAAUUAGAUGUCCAGUGUUGGUUUAGAACUGCUAAAACGAGAUUUGACAGAGAAAAACAAUCUGAAAAUUUACAAUAAUAAUUGUUUUAAACUAACUUUAAAUUUUACCAACUUUUAAAUUGUCAUUUUGUA